GUUAGUAUGAUUCAUUCAUAUUGUUUUUGUUUUUUACAUACCAUUGCUCUUUCAGAAAUAUACAAUUUGUUAACACCUUUCCAUCUCUAACCUCGAAUGCAACCCUGUUGUGUGAUUGGCAAUCCGUUGGUGUGAUUGACAAUCCUGACUGCAGCCCUGCCUAUCACAUUCCUUUUCCUUUUUCCUUCUCGGCUAUUCUUUUUCUCUCGCCUUUCUUCAUAGAUAGAGAAUUUUCUGGAAAAAAAGCAAAUCAGAAUCGACACGCGCUUGUAGAACAAGUUCUCUUUUGGAAAUAAAAUUGUGAUUUUUGCGAUCGUAAAAGCUUCAGGUGUGGGGUCCAAGUACCCAUUGUUAAGUUUAAAAGCUAAAACCUGAAAAAGACUAAAAAAUGCCACAACGCCUUACCAAGCAGCAUCUCGCCGAUGCACUUAUGGCGGCUGGCGUGAAUUUUCCACUGACGGCCACGGUGGCCCAAUUAAAGCGUCUUUAUGCUGAACACCGCAUCAGCGAGUCGCCUUACGAGGAGGAUGAAGAGAACAUCUCCGACAUGGAAGAUUCGGCAGCUCCGGACGACGACGCUACCAUAGCCAGUGCCAUGGGAAUCGAAAAGCCAAGUAGGGCUACCCCUACUACUGGCCCUAGUGCAUACGCUGAGGAUACCGUUGCCCAUCGUACAGCUGCCGCCACCGGUACUUUGGGCCCUAACGGAAGUACCAGUUAUGUUUGCGAAAGCAGCGCUGCCGUCACUAAUACCGCCGUCGGUGAAUAUUCCGCUGCUACGCCUGUCACCACAAAUACUAAUACUACUGCCGUCGCUAAUAUUACUGCCGCUAAGCCUUCUGCCGCUUCCGGCGCCACCAUUAAUCCUGCCGUCACUCCACACGCUGCCGCCGCCUUACACUCUGCCGCCACUAAUUCUGCCGUCGCCUUACACUCUGUCGCCACUAAUACUGCCGUCGUUGAAAUUCGCUUCAACGCCGAAAGAUCUUCUGCCGCAAAUAUUCGUGCCAAAACCGCUGUCGCCGCCAUUAACAGCUCCUUGGGUUAUGAAAGCUCUGCUGCUGCAUGCAUCCCCGACGGCUUCAAUAGUUUAGCCAGCGACACUAGCUCCGCUGCUUUGCACAAUAUUACUGGCAAUGCCUUGGAUCAACAGCUUAGGGAACUAAGGAAGAAACGCGAGCUGUUGGAGCUAAAAAAACAAAUUUAUGAGUUGGAAAACUCGAUUGGUAGGCCCACCGGAUGCAGAGCCUCGUUCGCGGACAUCGAACACGCUGUACCAAAAUUUACUGGUGAUAACUCCACACGGUCAGUGCACCAUUUCUUUGAGGACUUUGAAGAAAUUAUGCGAACUGUCAAUGCAGACGAUCAGUUCAAACUGCUAAGCUUACGCCGCUCGCUACAGGGAACAGCUCGAGUGUUCCUAACCACGACGUCUGCUCUUAACUAUCGAGACCUAAAGAAGGCGGUCAUCGAAGAAUUCGACAGUGCAGUCAGUCGCCAGGACGUCUAUCGAACACUGACCGAACGGAAGUGGAAACACCUUGAAGAGUCCCUGCACUGCUAUAUUUUGACCAUGCAAUCUUUGGCGAAGCAGGGCGGCAUCCGGGAAACCGAUGUUAUCGACCUAAUUCUCGACGGUAUCGGAAACAAAAUCAACAACAUCAACUUGCUUAUGCCGGCGCAGUCACUGGAUGAGCUAAAGAGGUUAGUGAAUCGAUAUUACACAAAAUACCUCAAGCCAAACUCCAACAUCACUCGGCGUAUAACGCCUGCCGUCACCGUUAAACAACCUGCCGCCUCCGGUAAGCAACCUGCCGCUGGAAAGGUUAGCAACGAAGCUGCGAAGAACAGCCAAUCGCUCUGCUUCAACUGCUCUAUGAGGGGACAUAUAAAGCCAAGCUGCCCAUAUCCGAUGCGACCCAGUGGUUCGUGUUUCCGCUGCUGGAAAAUGGGGCACGACCACUAUUCAUGCACCAAUCCUAGGAAAGUUUUGAAGCCGAUUGCCGAUCAACAAGUUGCCGCCGUUCUAGAAGAUGAACUCAUGGAAUUGGAAUCACUUAACUUUUCCAACAAGUUUUAUGAAGCAAUCGUGUGUGCCGAACAACUUAGUGACUUUAAACAAUCCGCAACAUAACUAUCGCAGCAUUGGUGGACUUAAGUUGAAUAUACUCUGUGAAAUACAAUGUUUUGUG